GCCGAAAAUCGCAACACAAACAACAAAUACGAAGCACAUCAAAAUACCACGCCACGUGCACGCACACACCCUUCCCUUGAUGAUCACCACGCCCUAUCAUGUCUGAGACGAAGGAGCUGCUGGGGUUUCUUGACCUCGACACACGCGAGGAUGUGCGCAGCGGUGCUCUGCGCAUCGUCCUCGGCCUCACAGCGUCAGAGCAAAGCAAAGACUUCUUCAAGGCAAACCCAGAGUUUGUGGAUGCCAUUGUCACACUCGUCAAGGACGAUGACUCUGCGGCUGUGCGGCGGGAUGCCUUCUGCGCCCUCACCAAUCUCGCCGAGAUUGAGCACUGCGCCCACCGCAUGAUCGAGAAGGGUCGUGCCAUCGAGGCCUCCAAGCACGCGCUGCGCCUGUACGACACCUACCGCAAGCACGACAGGGCUGUCAACGCGCUCAUCGUCCAGGCAUCGUGCCACCUUGAACUGUCGCGUCCAGGCGAGGUGGUGCAGGGUUGCUUGGACCACCUUCGCCGCUGGGAGAUGGCCGAGGUUGAAGACCAACCCGAGGACCACGCGCUGCUCGCGCUCCUGUAUGCGAAGGUGGGGCGCGCGUUCUUUGAGCUGCAGAAGUUUGAUAUUGCGGCCGACACGCUUCAGUCGGCACUUCGUAUCUGCCCGCACACAAGCGGUUACCGCGGCACUCUCCUGCAGAACCUCGGCGCAGCCCUCAACGCAACAGGGUCGUUUGAGGAAGCCGUGACGUUCCAUAAACAGGCGCUCAAGGAGUUUGUGCAGUCGCCUCAGGCCAUAUCUGAGCACCUCGCAAACAUCCGCGAUAACCUCGGCUUUGCUGAGGGGAUGACGGGCGAUUUAAAUGCGGCGUCCAUGAGUUUGGAGCGCGCGCACGUGCUGUGGCUGGAGGCGGGCCUGCCGAGCAUGGCUGUGCUGUCCUUGGAGCGGCUGGGUGGCGUUUUGGAGCACUUCAACCUGCCGCAGCGCGCGCUUGUGCACUACCAGCGCGCCAUUGGCUGUGCGGCGUCAAACGGGCUUGAGGAGGACCGCACACGCGUGGAGGAAAAGGUACAGGCGAUAUGGGAUGCGCUUACGGACGCGGAGCACAAGCGCAUGUAUGGCAACGCAGCCGCCAUCAUGGCAGCAGAAGCAGAGGCAGCGGUAGCGGUUACACACACCGGCACAGACACGCCGGCACAAGCACCAACAUCGCACCAGCAAAAUCAGCAGCAGCAGCAGCAGCAGCAAGGCGCCUUCGAUCGGAGGGCAGAGCAGCCUGCAGCCAUGAGCAGUUAUGGCAACACUGGCAGUGAUGGCGAUGAAGAUGAUGGUGUUGGCGUUGGCGGGGAUGGCCGUGGUGGUGGUGGUGGUGGUGAUGAGGAUGGAGGUGUGGGUGAUCGCAGACAGCUAGCGUCGUUUGGUCCCAGUCGCAGCAGCGGCGAUACCAUCAUGCUGGGUGUGCCUGACGAUGAGGAGGAGGACCAGGAUCGCUACAACGGCCAAGGUGGUGAUUGGAUUCCAUUCACAGAUAAUGGCCAGUGGCACCGGCAACAGCAGCAUGGAAGGGGCGUUAAUGAGGCAUCAUAUCUUGCGCCGACGCCUGCGGGGUUUGGCCACGGCGACCCCAGCUAUGCGGAGAUCCCCACGCUCAGCGAAACGCAGCUCGAGCACGUGCCUCCUGCCACGCCCAGCGUGAGUCGGGGUGCACUGCAGCAAGCGAGCGUCGUCGCUGCGCCAAGCACGGAUAGAAACGGAACAACCAACACCAGCAGAGUUGCCAACACUGGCAGCACUGGGAGGCGCAGUGGCAGACGACGGGAAGACGUGAGAGGGCGUGGAAGUGCACGUGGGAGUGGCAGAUCGAGACCGCACAGUAAGGGCGAGGGCCCCGAUGCAAGCUCCCGAGCAUGCACCAUCAUGUGACAGUGUGCGUGCAUGCGUGUGAAUGAAUGGGUCUGUGUGUAUGUUGUGUGCGUGAACGUGAGUGAGUGUCUGCUUGCUUGGCGGCUUCUGUUCUCGAUUGUGUGUUACUUUAUGACAUGACAUGUGAUGUUCAUUAGGAUGCUGUGUAUUUGAAGUUGAGUUGCAGUGUGCAUUCGGGAGCACACAAUUAUGUUGCAAUUAAGACAUAGAGAAAUCAAUAUGCAUUGAG